UCUUCCCCUGUUUGUAGAAGAAGAAUCUGGAACUUCUGGAACAUUUCUUGCAAGAUGGAGAGAAAGCAUACGACAAAAAGGACUACAGAAAAGUGGUUUUCUGUAUGGACAGAGCCCUUCAACAAGCUGUCGCUUCAAAUAAGUUCAAACUCAUAAAAGCAGAGUGUUUAGCUUUCUUAGGAAGAUUUGAAGAAGCUCAAGAAAUAGCCAAUGAUAUUCUUCAUCUAGACGCUAUGAAUGUAGAUGCUCUUUAUGUUAGAGGAAUGUGUCUGUAUUACCAGGAUUUUAUUGAAAAGUCCUAUAGUCAUUUACAGCAAGUCCUGAGGCUUGCACCUGAUUACUCAAAAGUACGAGAUCUUUAUAGGAAAGUUAAACUUUUAAUGACCAAGAAAGAUGAGGGAAAUGAAGCUUUCAAGAAAGGAAGACUACAAGAGGCAUAUAAUCUCUAUUCUAGUGCUCUGGAAAUUGACCCAUCCAAUGUUUACACCAAUGCAAAGCUUUAUUUUAAUCGUGCUACUGUAUGUGCUAAGAUUUCUAAAGUAAAAGAAGCUAUAGAAGACUGUACAGAAGCCAUCAGGCUGGAUGAAAAUUACAUAAAAGCGUAUCUACGUCGUGCAAAGUGUUCCAUAUUUUGCACAGCACACAAACAGCUUUUAGAGCAAGCAAAACUAGAACUAAAGAAGAGUAAAAGAAAAAACUACUACAAGAUUCUUGGAGUGGAAAAAAAUGCUUCUGAAGAGGAGAUUAGAAAAGCUUAUCGUAAACGAGCCUUGCUACAUCAUCCCGAUCGUCACACCAGUGCAUCGGAAGAGGAAAGGAGAGAGCAAGAAAAAAAAUUUAAAGAAGUUGGAGAAGCAUACAAUGUUUUGUCAGAUCAUAAGAAACGUGUACGUUAUGAUAGUGGUCAAGAUUUGGAAGACAUGGAAGGCUUUGGAGGAGGCGAUAUUGAUCCCAACCACAUCUUCCAGACUUUCUUUGGUGGCUCAGGAGGUUUUACGUUCAGUAACUUUGGUGGUGGUAAUUUUAGCCAGGUCCCUAGUGGUUUCAGCUUUCAGUUUGGUUGAACACUGUCUACGAUAUAGUUUAACAAGAAAAUCACUGUCUAUCAAACUCAACUCCUUGUACUUUCUGAAAGAAAGUAAAAAAUAUUGGACUAAACAUGUAGAGCUAAAAAAAAAAGGACUAGUUUAUCUUUGGACCUAAUAGUGUUUUAGCAUCUGGAUUUUUGUCUUACUUAAAAAAAUGUAUUUAACUGAAAGAAAUUUUGAUCUAGUGUACAAUAAUACCUGGAUAACUUUUUAAAAGUUACAUAAUAACUGAGGAUGUUUUGAAUGUGAACCACAAGAACAGUAGAUGUACUAACGUACUUCUUUGUACAGUACACAGCAUAAAGAAAUGGAGAAACUUCUUGUAUAAUAUCGAGUGUUUGGAAGUCCUUAGUAUUAUCAAAGUUGAUGAACAGUAUUGAAAAGAAGUGUGUAGAUGAGAAAAACAGUAAUUGGUAGUUAUAAUGUUAACAUAUGGAAAGAAAAAUAACCAGAUUUUAACUUCAAGUCGUUUCAAUGCUGCAAGGUUAUUUUUUCACUUUUUAGCUCCACGUAUUUUACUACACAUCUGCCAAACUUCUGACUUAGUUAAAGAGUUUUGAAUUAUUGAGAAGUGUAUAGUUUUUAAGUACUGUAUAUUUGUUUAACUCAAGGUGUUAGUGUCUUAUUUUUGAUAUUUGUAUAGUUCAUUUCUCCGUGAUCUUGUCCUGACACUAACCAACCACCAAGGAAGGCACAGAUAGACAAGUUUACUCACUCAUUAUCUGUUUUAUGUAUUGUUUUAUUUGUUUGAAGAUAAACUUUUAAAAAGAUCGGUGUAAUUUUAUAGUAUAACAUUUCCUUCGUUGUGUUGUAUCAUACGCAAGUUGUAAACUGAUUUAUAUAUGUUUCUUGAGAUUAAGAGAACAGGUUUUAGAAGUGUAGUGUGUUAAAUUCUAACGAUAUACUUUUCAAGGCAUACACAUGUGUGAAUUUUCAUUAUAACUGGAUAAAAGUAUUUAUUUUCUGAUCUGAUAAGUUCGGUGCAUACCAGUUUCUUCAAACAACUACUUAUAUUACCAUUAAAGUUUUGGAUCAAUAUUUAUUUUCUCUUCUUAUAUAGAAUAAAAUCUUGGUUCUCGAGCAUA